AUGGAAAAACAUGAUUUAACCUUUAUUUCUAAAAAACGGAAGGUAGAUUAUGCGAUGACCGAAGAUAUCCCAAACCUUAAUGGCGAGGGAGGUUCUAAGGUUCUCCGAUCCGCCUUUACGACAACAAAAUUUAAGAAUAAUAAAAUUUACAGAUUGUAUUUCAAAGGUUUGGUGAGUGAUAAAAUAGCGAUGGAUAAAGAAAUGAGUGUAAAGGUUGGAAUUGGGAUCGCAAUAUGCGACGAAGCAGAUAACUUGUUGUAUGGAAUAAAUGAAUCAUUUUUUGGCGAUAUGAUUAAUCGCGAAGAAGUGGAGAUUAUCGCAAUGAUUAUUGGAUUAAAUGAAGCAAUUCGUUUGGGGGUUAGAAAUAUCGUAAUUUGUUACAAUGACUAUGAAAUUUACCAAAUUAUAAAUGGUAGAGUCAGAGAGAUGCCUAACCAGAAGAUUGUCCAUCUUGUGGACCAAGUCCAACGCCUUAGAGGAAAAAUGACUUGUACUGAACUUGUCUUGGCUACCGCAAAUGGUUUUAAGUUUGCCUUUAGUCUUGCCAUGGAUGCAAUGGUUUCUCAAAGCACUAGUAGCAGCGUUGAUGUGAAGGCAACCCCACAGAAGGAAGUUUGUACCAUUUGUUUUGAAGAAACCGAUGCUGAGGGCAUGUUCUUUAAUGACAAAUGUCUUCACCGCCAUUGCGUUUCGUGCGUGAAACGGUAUGUGGAAGUGAAGCUGUUUAGUGGAACAUUUCCCAUAUGCCUUGAGGAUGGAUGCAAGUCUGAGCUCACUCUUGAAAGUUGUAGCAAGGUUUUGACACCAAUGGCUGUUGAGAUGUGGAAACAGAAGAUGGAAGAGGACUUAAUCCCUGUUGCAGAGAAAAUCUAUUGCCCAUAUCCAACCUGCUCGAUGUUGAUGUCCAAAACCAAGCUUUCCAGUGAAACCGACCAGUCGUCCAAUGCCCGGUCAUGUAUCAAAUGCUAUGGACGCUUCUGCAUUGACUGCAAAGUACCAUGGCAUUCUGAUUUGUCCUGUGAUGAGUACAAGAACUUGAACGGUGAACUUAAUGACAUGAAGCUGGCGUCUUUGGCAAUCGACAAUAUGUGGCGUCAAUGUGACCACUGUGGGCACUUGAUUGGACGUGAUGAGGGUUGCAGACGCAUGACUUGCAAAUGUGGACAUGUGUUUUGCUACAUUUGUGGGAUCGACUGGAGCCAAGAAGAAUGUCCUUCCAGUUGCCUGUAA